AUGAGAUUGGGCGAUCUGAAAAACAGUCGCAUGAUCACUAUCGUAGUGGUCUAUCUCAGCCUCUUCCUGGAUAAUGUCCUGUUGACGGUAGUCGUACCGAUUAUCCCCGAUUAUCUGUGCACGCUCGACGCGAAUACGACUUCGAGCGUCGAAGAGGACGAAAACGGUCGAGUGGGAUUAUUGCUAAGCUCAAAGGCUCUGGUCCAAUUAAUUUUGAAUCCCGCCGUGGGCAUUCUCACCGGCACUCUAGGUUAUGCCAGACCUCUAUUCCUGGGAAAUCUCAGCCUUUUGCUGGUUGCUCUACUAUUCGCUUUUGGACAAACAUAUGAGAUAUUGUUCUUGGCCCGGAGCAUUCAAGGUAUAGCUUCAGCGUGUAUAGCAGUUUCCGGCAUGUCACUGGUCGCUUCUCAAUACUCGGAGGAAGAUGAAAGAUCUAAAAUCAUGGGUUUCGUUCUUGGUAGCAUCGCCCUAGGCGUUCUUUUAGGCUAUCCGAUCGGUUCCGUGCUCUAUGAUCUCGAAGGAAAAAUGGCACCAUUUCUAUUGGUGUCCAGUCUCAUUGUUAUACUAAUUUGUCUGCAAAUUUUAACAUUAGAUGUUCAGACAAACAUCGAGACAAGCAAGCAGCAACCUACUUGGCUACAUUUAUUGUCUAAUCCACACAUCCUCAUUAUCUCCGGUGCAAUUUGGUGCUCAACUUCGCCGAUGGCGAUACUAGAGCCUUGCUUGCCGAUUUGGCUUCGGACUCACAUAAAACCUAAGAAAUGGCAACUAGGUACAGUAUUUAUACCAGACAGCGUGGGCUAUUUAAUCGGGACCAACUUCUUCGGCGUAAUAGCGUAUCGUUACGGGCGUAGCAAAGUGGCGAUCCUGGCUAUGUUCGUGGUCGGUGUUAGCGCCAUUCUAAUCCCGUUGGCGAACACAAUGUCACAGUUGAUAUUCCCUCAUCUAGGAAUGGGUCUGGGCAUCGGCGUCGCGGAUGCAGCCCUAGUACCAUUACUAGCCAGCUUAGUAGAUCGAAAUGGCAAUUAUGGACCCGUUUAUUCGAUCCAACAAGUGGCUGUCAGUUUGGCUUACUCCUUAGGACCCAUCACAGGCGGCGAAAUGGUUAAAGCCAUUGGAUUCCCGUGGGUUAUGCGAAUCGUGGGCAUCGUGAACGUGGCGUAUUGUCCGUUGUUAAUAUAUCUCAUGUUUGAACGGAGGAAGUUGUUGGCGAAGAAAGAGGAAAAGAAGGAUUACGAAACGUUUCAACAAUCUAUUACACCAUACGAAAGAUUUCACGAUUCCGACGAAGAUCUUUGACAAUAAAUAAUUCAUUUA